AUGGCAGAGUACCUCGCAAGCCAGGGCUUUUUUUCUGGAUUUGCGGAAAAGCUUUUCCCUGGCUGGACGUUUCUUUCAUUAACAGCCGUUUUUGCUCUGUUUCUCAAUCAGUUGAUCGAACGAUGGGGUCACAUCAUCUUCGCCCAGUUCAUAUCGACCGUUGAAGUUCGGGUCCUUGACGACUCGUACAACUACAUAAUGGAUUGGAUUGCCAAGACCACACUAUCCACCAGCAACCAUCGCCUACUAGCCUCCACCACCCUUACGAAUAAGGAGUUCGCCUGGAGUGAUGGACAAAACGUCGAUGAUCAGUACGGGUUUGACCUUGACAACGAUAGCAAUCGACUGAAAGAAAAUUGCGAGGGACCACUCAAGGCUUCGUUUCUCAACGCCCGGCCUUUGCGAUGGACACCGGCUAUGGGCACCCAUUUUUUCUGGCACGAGAAUCGCUUGCUGGCAUUCACAAGAUCAUUUGAGGAUCGGGACACCAUACCUUAUGCUCGUCGGGCCGAGAGACUCUUUUUGUCUUGUAUUGGACGAGACGCUACUGUCCUCAAGAAUCUCCUUGUUCAUUGUCGUAUCGAAUAUCUCAAGAAAGAGAAUGGGCGCCUUAGUAUAUACAGAGCAUCCAAUGCUGGUGGGGACGAAGUUUCAUGGGUGCGAAACGCCUCAAGACCCACUAGGCCCAUGGCUACAAUUGUACUUGACGAAUCUAUCAAGCAACGGUUUAUCAGUGACGUCCAGCGGUUUUUAGACCCGCCUACGAAACAUUGGUAUGCGAGAAGAGGGAUUCCUUACCGGCGCGGCUACCUCCUCUCCGGUCCUCCGGGUACCGGCAAGACCAGUUUGACUCUUGCUGUAGCAGGCAUGAUGGGUCUCGGUAUAUACAUGAUCAACUUGAGCUCUCCUAAGCUGAACGAGGACAAUCUAGUAGCUCUUUUCCAGAACCUCCCCCCUUCGUGUAUUGUAUUGAUGGAGGAUAUCGACGCAACAGGACUGACGCGCGCUCGAGAUUUUGAACAGGAAGAAGUUCCUGAUAUCGACGAGGGCAGAUCCCAUCGCCGAGGAGGUAUCUCCUUAUCAGCAUUGCUCAAUGUCAUUGACGGUGCUGCAGCUCACGAGGGUCGGAUUCUUGUGAUGACAUCAAACCACGCCAACAAGAUCGAUUCUGCCCUACUCCGCCCAGGAAGAGUUGAUUUCGUCCUCGACUUUCCCCUGGGAGAUUCAGAAACUGCUACCAAUCUGUUCAAGCAGAUGUUUGAUUCCUAUGAUGAACCUCUCAAUGGUCCCUCUUUGACCCGGAGCACCACCAAAGACGACAAUGAGACCACUGCAACUGAGAUGGAACCAGCUGAAAACGCUUCAAGCAAGCUUUUGUCCACAGACGUGGUGGGUCUUUUGGCACGCAAAUUUGGAGAGAAGGUUCCAGCGCUAGUCUUCAGCCCGGCAGAGAUCCAAGGAUACCUUCUCACAUACCAAAACAACCCUCAGGAAGCUGUGGCCAAUGUGGACAGCUGGGUGCAGAAUGCAUCUAAGACAGGAGACUAG